UUGUAGCCAACUUCAUGUCGAUCGCAUCUCAUUCGUGAGAGAAAUAUAAACUAAAUCGCAUGGACUUGUGUUUUUGUAUAAUGUUUGUAAAAACAAACCAAAUUUUAUUCAUUUAAUCGACACAAAACAAUAUCAAAACCAAAUGCCAACAUCACAUUGAACCUAUUUUCAAAGCAAUUACGAUAAGUUUUAUUUGAAAUUGAUUUGAUUUGUAGUGAUAUUUUAGUGUAGAAAAAGUUAAACAGUGUGACGUAAAAACCGCAAACAAAAUCCAUCUAAUAUCUGAAUCUCGUACAUCUUUGCGAUAAUUUUUAUUUGUUUUUGAUCGUGAUUGAAUCGGUUUUGCACAUUGAAAGAGCCAAUAAAAGCGUUAUAACGGAGUUUUUACGCGACCGCCCACUCAGGUCAUACGCAAGCAUGUCGUCAAGUACAGGUAAACGAAAAGAAAUCUACAAAUACUUGGCACCAUGGCCAUUAUAUUCGAUGAAUUGGAGCGUACGGCCUGACAAACGUUUUCGAUUGGCACUUGGCAGUUUCAUUGAAGAAUACAAUAACAAAGUUCAGGUUAUAAGUUUAGAUGAAGACACAAGCGAAUUCAGUGCAAAAAGUACGUUCGAUCAUCCGUAUCCGACGACAAAAAUUAUGUGGAUACCAGAUUCAAAGGGUAUAUAUCCGGAUUUGUUAGCAACAAGUGGAGAUUAUUUGCGCGUAUGGCGAGCCGGUGAGCCAGACACUCGACUCGAGUGUGUGCUCAAUAAUAAUAAAAAUAGUGAUUUUUGUGCGCCGCUUACAUCAUUCGAUUGGAAUGAAGUCGAUCCGAAUUUAGUUGGUACAUCAUCGAUCGAUACAACAUGCACAAUUUGGGGCCUAGAAACGGGACAACCGUUGGGCAGAGUGAAUUUGGUUGCCGGCCAUGUAAAGACACAAUUGAUUGCGCACGAUAAAGAGGUGUACGACAUUGCAUUUUCACGUGCCGGCGGUGGCCGUGAUAUGUUUGCAUCAGUUGGUGCCGAUGGUUCGGUGCGAAUGUUUGAUUUACGACAUUUGGAACAUUCAACAAUCAUUUACGAAGAUCCAACACACACACCAUUGUUACGGCUCGCAUGGAAUAAACAAGAUCCAAAUUAUUUGGCAACAGUUGCGAUGGAUUCGUGCGAAGUAAUCAUUUUGGAUGUUCGUGUACCAUGUACACCAGUUGCCCGAUUAGCCAAUCAUCGAGCCUGUGUAAAUGGCAUUGCUUGGGCACCACACAGCUCAUGUCAUAUAUGCACAGCCGGCGACGAUCAUCAAGCACUAAUUUGGGAUAUUCAACAAAUGCCACGGGCUAUUGAAGAUCCAAUACUUGCGUAUACAGCGGCCGAAGGUGAAGUGAAUCAAAUUCAAUGGGGAGCCACGCAACCAGAUUGGAUUGCCAUUUGCUAUAAUAAAGCAUGUGAAAUUCUGAGAGUCUAGAGACUCUUCACGACUCUUUGGAAGGAUACUAUAUCAAAAACAAUUUUUUUUGCUGAUUUACUAUAUUGUAUUCUAAUGUUAAGGAAUUUUAUUUAGUAUUUCGAUUUUAGUUUGUGCCUCCUUAAGUGAAUAUCAUAGCUAAAAUAUUUUUAUUAUUUUUUCUUCCUUUUUUUUUGCUUUAUUUAUUCAAAAAACCGACACAAACAUAAAUGGUGCAAUUGAGAUGUAUCUUUUUCUUACACUGAAAAUCAGUUAACUUUGAGAUUUUGUAUUUUCAUUUUUAUGAAGAAAUCGAAUAAUAGCCGAAAUAUAUCACGAAAAUGUAGAACUCAAUUCGAAAACAAAACACAGACGAAACAAACAAUAGCUCAGCUCAACUCAAAAUAACGAUAUUAAAUAAACGAAGACGACAUUACUUUCGAACGAGAUAGAAUAAGCCAUUAUCGUUUAAGCAAACACACAUACAGAGAGAGAAAGAAUGCACACGCUUAGGUUCUCAACACAAUAAAACAUUAGUAGCAAACAUGUAUACAUUUAAUUUGUAGCGCAUGUUAAAUAAUAAUUAAUUAUUAUUGAUGACAAGCAAAAGUAUGAAGAAUUAUGUUAUAUUUCCUGAAUAGAAGAGUGUAGACAUAAAAGACAUGCACACACAGACACACUCAUCCAUGCAAAUUCAAAUCAAUAUUUUGAUUUCUUAUGAGAAAAUCGGCAAUUAUUAUUCGAUUCAUAGAAACACACAAAGUUAGUGAUAAUUUCGAAUGAUGUUGUAAAAGUGUGCUAUAAGAAUUGGUACUAAAUAAUAAGAAUAUUCUUUCCUAAUAAUUAUUAUGUAUAUGAUGCUAUGAUGAUAACGAUUAUGUUAAGGUGAAUUUCUAACUGAUUAGUUAAUUAAAAAAAAAAGAUCACGAAAUAGUUCGAACAACACGAAAUGACCAAUUCAAUCAUAUUUAAUUUAUAUAGAUUAUGAUAUAAAUCAUCAACAACAACAACAAAAAAUCCGAUCAAUUUCAUUCAUACAACAAUAAUCAGCAGACGAAUAAAAUGAUGAAAACUAGUUAUACACACAUCUGAAAUUGGAACAAUAAAACGAACCCAGUAAAGUAAA